AUGGCCAUAGACACAAUCGAGCUCUCCGUACCUCUCCCCCGCUCUCUAGAUACACGCAUCUACCUCCGCUUAUCCACCAAAGCAAAGUCCAUCGUGCUCUUUACGACAACAGCGUCACAAGAUGAGCUCGCCGCCCCUGUCUCCAUGGGUUCAUUUGUCUAUGCUUUGCCCAACAGACUAGAUCAGGCACAACCAUUAUCCACGACGCUCUACUCAUCAGAGACGUCAGUGGAGUUCACAACGCGCUUGGCAAAGCUGCUGGCUCGCAAAUCACAGCUCCCGGUGUAUGUCACCAACUCGAUAAGCUUUGCCAAUGCUGGAAUGGGUGGUACUGUGGAAGAAGAGAUGGAGGCUUUCAAGACGAUUGUUCAGGUUGUUGUAGAGAGGCUACAGCUUUCAGGCCCCAAGUCAACUACGGCCUGA